AAUCUGUGUCAGGCUUCAAAGGUAGGUCACAAGUGGAACAAGAGAGCUUCCUCGUUUCCUCCGCCUCAGACCUCUUCCUUCUUCCUCCGCUCGCUCACAAGAAUGCCGCUCAAACAUUCUUCGCCUGACCCCAUAUCCUCCUCCGACUCCAUCCGCCUCCUCUCCCGCGAAACCCUCCGCAUCAGCGCCUCCCUCGCCGCCCCUCCCGACGAUCUCCUCCCACAGGCUCUCCCCGAUUCUUCCCAAUUUCUCCGCUCAACGCUGAGACUGAUCUGCUGCGAGGAAAUCGACGGCCGGAGAUGGAAGUACGUGGCGGAGAGCGAUGGCUCUGGGAAAUUCAAGAGGAACUCUGUGGUUCGUGCUGUAAGCUUGGAGUCUCCUCGGACUCCUUUUGAUGUACGCCAGGAAGUGGGUUCGUUUCUGAGAUCUUACGUUGUACCUGAAGGCUUCCCUGCAAGUGUUAAUGAGUCUUAUGUUCCUUACAUGACCUUUCGAGCUUUGAAGCAUUUCUUUGGUGGAGCCAUGGGUGUGUUUACCACUCAAACCCUUCUCAAUUCUGUUGGAGCCUCACGGAACAGUUCUGCUUCUGCUGCUGUUGCAAUUAAUUGGAUUCUCAAGGAUGGUGCUGGGCGUGUUGGGAAAAUGCUUUUUGCGCGUCAGGGAAAGAAAUUUGAUUAUGAUUUGAAACAGUUACGGUUUGCUGGUGAUCUUUUGAUGGAGCUGGGUGCUGCUGUGGAGUUAGGAACUGCUGCCGUUCCGCACCUUUUUCUUCCUCUAGCUUGUGCUGCUAAUGUUGUUAAGAAUGUUGCAGCAGUAACAUCAACGUCUACUCGUACCCCCAUCUAUAAAGCCUUUGCUAAAGGAGAGAACAUAGGAGACGUCACUGCUAAGGGAGAGUGUGUUGGUAAUAUUGCAGAUCUGAUGGGAACUGGGUUUAGUAUAUUGAUAUCCAAAAGAAAUCCUUCGUUGGUUACAACCUUUGGUCUUCUAUCAUGUGGCUAUCUCUUGAGCUCCUACCAAGAGGUUAGAUCUGUGGUACUGCAUACACUGAACCGUGCAAGAUUUACAGUAGCAGUGGAAUCCUUUAUCAAGACGGGGCGGGUUCCCUCACUACAACAAGGUAAUAUCCAAGAAAAGAUAUUUACUUUCCCAUGGGUGGAGGAUCGACCGGUGAUGCUUGGAGCUAGAUUUAAGGAUGCAUUCCAAGACCCCUGCACCUAUCUGGCAGUAAAGCCUUUUUUCGAUAAAGAAAGAUACAUGGUGACUUACAGCCCUACCAAGGGUAAAGUCUAUGCACUGCUCAAGGACCAGGCCAGCUCAGAUGACAUUCUCAAAGCUGCAUUUCAUGCACAUGUGCUUCUUAAUUUUAUGAAUCAAUCAAAAGGUGGUGCCUCAAAAUCGGUUGAGCAACUAGAUCCUCCUGCUUUUGCUCCAACGGAAUAUGAGCUGGAGUCUCGGAUUGCUGAGUCGUGUGAAAUGGUGUCUACCUCGUAUGGAAUCUUCAAAAGCAGUGCUGCGGAACAGGGAUGGAGAAUGUCAGAAUCUCUGCUAAACCCUGGCCGGGCUAGGUUAUGUCAUAUGAAUGAUGAGGAGGAGUAAACAACGCAUCGUGAAGCUGGUCUUUGUUAUGAUAACCUGAAUCGGCUUCGAUAAUAGUUUCACGGCCGUGUCUAAAUUUUGUUGUCUUGGAAGAAACAGAUUUUGGUUGAUAGACGUUUGAUUAACCAUGCUGUAAAAAAAGAUAGAAGAUAUGUAGCAUUUGUAAAUUGUGGGUUGUCGCUGGUGUAAUUUAAGAGAUGAAUCUUCGUGUACCACUUCUCACAUCAUAAUCAAUGCACAUUCUUCAUAAACA